UUGGCUUUGGAGGGUGCUCAGCUGCAGCUCUGUGCAGCGGUCGUUCGUUGCCCGGAUCUUGUAGUGACGACCGUACCUCGGCGUUCAGCGAAAAUAACAACUCCGUACACAGUACCCAGAUGGCAUGUGAAAAGAUAAAAGAAGUGUGGAAGAAAGCUUUUAAACCAAAAAAUUUCAAACUAAUCCAUGACAACCCUGAAAUCUUUGUAAAAUCUCAGUGGGAACGGAAAGGGAGCAUUACACGAGCAUAUGUGUUUUAUCGAGUGGUGGUGGCCGCAUUCUUUAUAGCAGCUUUACUUGCCUCCAUAACAGGAGGUGGAAGAGUGAUAAUAUCUAUCUGGAAAUGGCCAAUCUACCUCACAAACUGGGGUUUAACUUUAUGCACAGUUCAAGCUAUUUUUUGUCUCGUUAUUGUUCUGAAUGCGAAGCUGAAGAGGCAGCAUCAAAUUUCAGUAACAGCUGGAGGUGUUAGUGCCACAAUGCCUGUGCAAUACAAAAUUUAUUGGGCGAUUCACACCACAGCUGCCACUAUUGCUGUCUGUAUCACCAUUUCCUUUUGGACUGCAGUCUAUGAUCCUGAACAACAUCCACUAGAUGCAGUGAACAUUCUUUCACAUGCCAUGAAUGGAAUUAUGAUGACUGUUGAUCUCUUUAUUGUUGGACACCCUAUGAGGAUUUCUCAUUUGUAUUUGCCUCUGUGCUUCACAGUAGUUUACUAUGUUUUCAAUGGGAUUUACUACCUUGCAGGUGGUACUGACAAUUUUGGACGCACAUAUAUUUAUGCACUUCUCAAUUGGAAGAAAACAGGUUAUGCUUUCUUAGCGUGUUUCCUGGGACUUAUAUUUGUUGCUGUAGUGCACACGGUAUUGUCAGUCAUAAGUUCAAGAUGUAAACAUUUCGCAAAACCACAUCAAAUUCAGAAACCUGAUGAGACAAAUAUACCUUGUUAGAUAAUCAUAUUAAGUGAUAUUCUAGGGGUACAAAUGUGUUUAUAAAAGUGACUGCACAUACUGUGUAUAAUAUUACAGUAUUUCACUGAAUGUGGUGUAUUCUUAACUACUACCUAUUAAAUAAAGGUUUGAACUAAUGUAAUAGCGUGGUAUCUGUGAUAGUCUGGACAGCCAGAAGGGCUAAUUGUAAGACUGUGCAUCUGUGAAUUGUUACCUGGUUCACAUUUCUGUAUCAAUCAAAUAGCUGUAUCUAUUCUCAUCAGUAUUUAUCACCUUUUUCUUUCUGUUUUGAUUUAUCAGCUUCUCUCUACAGAAUCUGUUAAACAUACAAUUAUCAAAACAGAUUAAAUAUUUGUUUGUGUGAAAAUGAGUACAUUCUAUACUUGCCUGUUGUUUGUCAUCACUUGUAGUUAGUGUUUAAUUGUAAGAUUUAAUACUGUAUUGUUGUUCUCUCCAAGUGUGGCCCCACAACCCCUUUUAAUGUCAAGGAAUUACUUUCUACUGUUCACACUUCUUUUGACUUACGUACUUUAAAACAAAAGGCUUAAAAUAUUCAUGUCACUGUAUUUCUAAUCACCAGUGCUUAGAAUAAAGAAGGAUGUUUUCACACUGUUAGAAAGGGAAAUGAUCUCGG